UGGUCUUUAUUAUUUCGUACAGUAAAACAUUUUUAUCCUUAAUUAAAUGGACUCUUUGACUAAUAUUAAUUUAUUAAUAGAAGAUCUGUUUUGCUGAACGAUUUUAUAAAUAUAAAAAUGAAGAGUGCUGAAAAUAUGUACAAUAGGUAAGUUCAGAGGGAUAUUAAGUAGCCCUAUUUUUGUUUUCUUUUUUCGUUGAACUAAUACUGUAGUUUUAAUAAUUUUUUAAACAACCUUUCUACUUACCGAGGUAGCCAUUUCUAAUUCGUUCAUUAAUUGUGACCGCCAUAAACAAGAUCUUCUUUGCAAAUGUCCCAAUCUAACAAUUAUAUUAAAACGUUCUCAUCUUCAAUUAGUUUUCUUUCAAGAUUAGAGAUUAGGUGAAAUGAUAGCGGGAGGUGCAAGAGUCGGGCUAAACAGAUGGCAACAGGCAGCAGUUGCAGUGGGUUCAGCACUGGGUGCAUUGCUAGACCCAAGAAGAGCAGAUUUGAUAGCAGCUCUUGGAGAAACAACUGGGAAACCUGCUUUUGAGAGGGUUCUUCAGAGAAUGAAAAGUUCCCCUGAAGGCAGAGCAGUACUUUUGGACAGACCACGUGUUGUAUCUGCAAAUAUAGGAUAUGCAUGGGAUUUACCAGCUAACACAUUUGGUGCUGCCUACGCUAGAUUCAUGGGAUCCAGGAACUUUUCCCCGGAUGACCGUCCACCAGUGCGCUUCAUGGACACAGAUGAAUUGGCAUAUGUAGCCAUGCGGGCUCGUGAAGUGCAUGAUUUCUGGCAUACCUUAUUCGACCUCCCCACCAACCUAGUUGGUGAGUCAGCACUGAAGGUGAUAGAGUUUGAGCAAAUGUACCUUCCUAUGUGUAUAAUGUCUGUGGUAGGAGGCACAACAAGAUUCAACGAGAAGCAGAGAAAAUUGUUCUUACAGCAUUAUUUCCCAUGGGCAGUUCGAGCUGGAAUGCAGUGCACAGAUCUUAUGUGUGUAUAUUAUGAGAAGCACUUUCAUGAGGAUUUAGAUGAUGUCCGAAGGAAAUUGGGCAUUAUUCCUGCUCCAGCUGUUCCUAAACAAAAUGCAGCUUGAUUGGCAGUAGUUGCUAUUGGCUGGCUGAAGGGAGGCUGUGCCUCAUUUUGAGGAUUUACCUUACUAUGUUAUCCUGUUUGAAAUAUGUACAGACAGUUCUAUUUGCAAAUACCAAACAGUAUCUUCAUUUGGCAUAUCCCAUAUUAUUAUUCUCAUAUACAUAACUACAUAAUGUAAAUGGUUGGAACCUGGGUGUCAUUAGUUUCUCAAUCUGAUAAGAACCCUACUCGCUACAUGCAGAAGAAACUUUGCUUUCUGUAAUUUAACCUUUCAUUUGGUUAGCAUUCUCAUCUCAUCUCAAACUCACAUCAACCCUCUCAAAGCAUCAACCACCCUCACAAACCCUCGUCUCAUUGCCAACCUUGCUGCCAAUCCCGUUGCUGCCAUUGCCAUAGCCCUUGCUGCGGUCGCCAUCGCCCUAGCUGCAGUCCCCUUCACCCUUGCUGCUGUCUUUGUCAGCUGCUGCUCCAGUCUUCUCAGCCGUUGCUGCCAGAAAUUGGCUCGAGUUGCUAGGCGUUGGCGAGGAUGUUUGUAGAUUCGUUCAUGGUCAAGCACGAUAUCAAAGAGAUACUCAUGCCUAGGAGGAUCUUAUAUCGCGAGACAAGUAAUAGAAGCUAUCCCGCAGCCACUACGCGACUUGGCUUUCAAGGCCAACGAUAAAGCAAAGAAACAGUCCACUCCGCCCCCUGCUCACUGCCUGCCCGUGGCUGGAUCUGCAAAAUUGCAUUUUGGACACCUGUCUAGUCGAAUUUUUAGGGUGAAAAUCUAGCCAAACUCAUGGAUAUCCUAUGAUAUAAAUAGAUGGUGAAAAGAACCUGAAAGGGGAGCCCCCCCCUUCUCCUUUUCUCCUUAGUUUUAGGCUGUGUUUUCUUUCUCUAUUGUAUGUUACUUUUUUUUGUGCUUUGAAGAUUUAUUAAAGACCUCAUCAUUCAAUUAUCAAUCCAAGUAUUUUCCUUUUCUUUUUUAA